UCUGACAGCGAAUGUUGGGAUUUGGUUGUUAACGUCCUCGAAGCUAAGGAUUUAUGUGGCGUAGUGAAAAAAGAGGACACCUUAGACACUUACGUAAGAGUGUCUCUGCUACCAGAUAAGGAGGCCACCAUCCAGACAAGAGUGUACAGGAGUUCUGGGAGCCCUAGCUAUAAGGAGAGGUUCCUAUUCUCAAUGAACCCGAGGGAACAAUCGCAGAGGCUGUUGUGUUUCCACGUAUACGCCACAGAUUUUCUCUCGCACACGUUGGUAGGAGAGGGGGAAAUCAGAUUGGCGGAAAUCAGCCUGAGACAGCCGGUGACAACUUGGGUCACUCUAACGGACACUGGCCAGAGGGGUACGGAAUUCGGAGAAUUAAUGUUCUCCCUGAGUUAUCUUCCGACAGCAGAACGACUGACAGUGGUAGUCGUAAAAGCAAGAAAUUUGAGGUUUUCCACGGAGAUACCUGGUGAAGUUUUCGUGAAGGUUUAUUUGAUGCAACAAAACAAAAAAAUCAACAAGAAGAAAACUUCAAUCAAAAGGGGUGAAAAAUGCCCCAUCUUUAACGAAGCCAUGAUGUUCAGUGUGCCUGCACAUACAUUAUCGACAAUCCAAUUGCGUUUGACAGUCGCAGAGUGUUCCAACGACGGCAAAACGAAGACGUUCUCCAUCGGUCACGUGAUAGUAGGAGCUCAAGCUAGCGGUAGAUCGUUGAGUCACUGGAAUCAGAUGUUAACUGCCCUUAGGAAACCUGUUGCUAUGUGGCAUUCCCUCAGGAAGUAG